UUACGGCACUUUCCUGGCAAAAUCCAUUAGCUAAUUUUAGUGCUAACAUGCUAGUUAAGAGGUUUUUAGAGUGUCCCGUUUCUGAUGCUAGACCCUUCUGAAGUUAUAAAAAACGUGUAAAUAUGGCGGCACGGAAGUCAAAAGAGUGCUAGUUGGUGGCGCUAAAGGGACGAGAGGCGGAGCUAGACCCACUCCCACCGGCUUUGUCCUCCACGUCUCCAGAAAAGACCUCCCUGAGCGAGACCCCCACCUGAGCGCAUAACCGCCUCGACCCGAGUAGAAGCAGAAUGAUGAAACUUUGCGUUGCGGUGGAAGCAGGAAGACAUUGUGCCUAUUAGAUUCCCAUAAUGGCUAAACUGUUUGAGUCAAUUGGGAAGCUGGGGCUGGCCCUGGCCAUUGGUGGGGGUGUGGUGAACUCUGCCCUUUUUAAUGUCGACGCAGGACACCAGGCAGUGAUAUUUGACCGAUUCAGAGGAGUCCAGGAUUCGGUCGUCGGCGAGGGCACGCACUUCCUCAUCCCGUGGGUGCAGAAGCCCAUCAUUUUCGAUUGCCGUUCCCGUCCGCGGAACGUGCCCGUCAUCACAGGAAGCAAAGAUCUACAGAACGUAAACAUUACCCUGCGUAUCCUCUUCCGGCCGGUGAGCAACCAGCUCCCACGGAUCUUCACGAGCAUCGGCGAGGAUUACGACGAAAGGGUGCUGCCGUCCAUCACCACAGAGGUCCUCAAGGCGGUUGUGGCUCGCUUCGACGCCGGCGAGCUGAUCACACAGAGAGAGCUGGUGUCUCGGCAGGUCAGCGAGGACCUCACGGAGAGAGCCUCCACCUUCGGCCUCAUCCUAGAUGAUGUCUCGCUGACACACUUGACAUUCGGCAAAGAAUUCACAGAAGCCGUUGAGAUGAAGCAGGUGGCCCAGCAGGAAGCCGAGAGAGCCAGAUUUGUUGUGGAAAAGGCAGAACAACAGAAGCAGGCCGCCAUCAUUUCGGCCGAGGGUGAUUCCCAGGCUGCCUUGCUCAUCGCCAACUCCCUCAUGGAGGCUGGCGACGGCCUGGUGGAGCUGCGUAAGCUGGAGGCGGCCGAGGAUAUCGCCUUCCAGCUUUCCCGCUCCCGAAACAUCACGUACUUGCCGUCGGGGCAGGGCACGUUGCUCCAGCUGCCCCAGUGAGGACACUGCCAAUGACCGCUCUCGGUUGCAGAUAUAUUCGUCGACCAAUGUGUGAGGAAGAAGUUUGUUUUGUUGGUCAUGCAGUUUAAUCUGUAAAGCUAACCAGUUGAUGCUGCAUUCAGCAUUUGUGGAAAUAACAUGUUUGCAUUGAGAUAAAAACCAGAGAUUCCUUCGACAAGACUAUUAAAUUCCAUUGUUCUCAA